AAUUCAUCAUUUAGCCGAUAAAGAACAUUUAAAUAUAAUCAAAACAAAUAACAAUGAUAAAAUGAAUGAUAAUCAAUUGAUGAUUAAACCACGAUCAUGGACAGUUAAAUUGCAUAAAAUGCAUUCAACCGAUUUGGAUAAUAAUGUGAUUAAUAAUUCAAAAUCACCAACAUCAAAACAAGACAGAAUGAUGAUGAAUAAAAUCAUUAAUAUUGGUAAACAACAGCGACCGGAACCGGUACAAAAAAUAACCGAAACUAAUAAUAAUAAACGUAUUGUAAAUGUCGAUAAUUUUACUUAUUUAUCAAUGGAACAUGCAAAUGCAUCAUUUCCAAUAUUUCGUGAAUUAUGGCAACGUCGUCAAGUUUGUGAUGUUGUAAUUAAAAUUGAUGGCCAUCGUUUUUUUGCUCAUCGUAUUGUUCUUUGUGCAACUAUACCAUAUUUUUAUGCAAUGUUUACUAAUGAUUUAGCUGAACGUAAUCAAAUGGAAAUUGAAAUUAAAUCAAAUGAAAAUGAUGAUCAUGGUCCAUCAUUGGAUAGUGAAGCAUUUGAAUCAUUACUUAAUUAUGCUUAUACCGGUGCUAUUGAAAUCAAUUCGAAAAAUGUACAAUCCAUAUUGAUUGGUGCAUCAUUUUUGGGUCUGGAAAAUGUUCAACAUGCAUGUUCCGAUUAUUUAAAAGUUCGUUUAAAUGUUAGUAAUGUAAUACAGAUAAAAACAUUUGCAUUUGCACUUGGUUGUGAUGCACUUGUACAGGCAUCCAAACGUUUUAUACAUCGAAAUUUUGAACAAAUUGCCGAUAGUGAUGAUUUUCUUCAAAUGGAUUCGGAAGAAUUAAUCGAAAUAAUUGGCAGUGAUGAAUUGAAUGUAUCGAAUGAAAAAAUAGUAUUCGAAGCUGUUAUCCGUUGGACAUUACACGAUGAAGAGAUGCGAAAACAAAAUCUUCCAGAACUAAUUCGACGAGUUCGCCUUCCUUUACUUUUUCCAGAAUAUUUGACCGAUGUAGUACUUGGACAAAAGCUAGUCAGACAAUCAUUAGAAUGUCGUGAUCUGAUUGAUGAAGCAAAAGAUUUUCAUUUAUUACCAUCACGUCGUGAAUCGAUAGCACGUGAACGUACUCGACCACGUUCCGGUCAUCAUGUACAAGGUUCUAUCUAUGCUGUUGGUGGCCUAACAAAAACUGGUGAUUCAAUGUCAACAGUUGAGGUUUAUGAUCCACAAAUGAAACGUUGGCGUAUGGCCGAAGCAAUGAGUAUGAUGCGUUCACGUGUUGGUGUUGCCGUUAUGGAACGAAAAUUAUAUGCAAUCGGUGGCUAUAAUGGUUUUGAUCGUCUUAAUACAGUCGAGGUUUAUGAUUCAAAAGUAAAACAAUGGAAACGUGUCAAAUCAAUGCACUAUCGUCGUUCGGCUGUUGGGGCUGCUGCUCUUAAUGAUGAACUUUAUGUUUGUGGUGGAUAUGAUGGUUCCAUUUCAUUGAAUGUUGUCGAACGAUAUUCAUCCAUGUUAAAUGAAUGGAACGAAGUUACACCAAUGAAUAUUAAACGUUCAGCUGCCGGUGUGGUUUCAUUAGAUGGCUAUAUUUAUGCACUUGGUGGACAUGAUGGUCUAAUGAUAUUCAAUUCGGUUGAACGAUAUGAUCCACGUACUAAACAAUGGGAAUUCGUUGAAUCAAUGUUAAGUCGUCGUUGUCGUUUAGGCUGUUGUUGUUUUGGUGGAAAAAUUUAUGUUUGUGGUGGAUACGAUGGUUGUACAUUUUUACAAACUGCCGAAGUUUUUGAUCCACAAACUGGUAAAUGGUCGCAGAUAUCAAAAAUGCGUGCUACACGUUCAAGAGUUGCAUUAGUAGCUAAUUGUAGCCGUUUAUUUGCCAUUGGUGGUUAUGAUGGUGUAUCGAAUUUAUCAUCUGUUGAAGCAUAUGAUAUUGAAAAAGAUUCCUGGGAAAUGGUAGCAUCCAUGGUUGCACAUGAAGGUGGUGUCGGUGUGGGUGUUAUACCAGAUAAUUAUUAAAAUAUUAUACCAAAGAAAUAGAUAAUCAAUUUUUGAAUUUCAUUAUUAUAAAUAUUGUUUCAUAUCAUAAAUAGGUAGUUUAUUUUAUUGUUAGUUAAAUAAAUUUUAGUGCAUAAUUUUCAAA